AAUCUUUUUCGCGGUCAUUUUCAAAUCGUUUGCUGUCACUAUCACGUGGCAAGUGACAUGUUUGUGUUUUGCCGCUUCUUGAGCACAGUUAAUUAUUUAGCGAAGGAUAUCAGUGGAAAAGUAAAUUUAAUUAAAUCUUCGCCUAUUCAGUCUCUGAUAGAUAACAUGGCAAGUGUCCCGAAAGUAAAAUUCAACAACGGCUUACAAAUCCCCAUUUUUGGUUUGGGGACAUGGAAGUCCAAACCAGGACAAGUAGCUCAAGCUGUGAAGGAUGCCAUCGAUAUUGGCUAUCGCCACAUUGAUUGUGCUCAUGUUUACGGCAAUGAGAAAGAAGUUGGAGAUGCUGUCGUUUCCAAAAUCAGCCAAGGAGUCGUAAAACGCGAAGACCUCUUCAUUACAAGCAAAUUGUGGAAUACCUUCCACCGCCCUGAUUUGGUGGAGGGCGCAAUUAAGCAGACGUUGUCCGAUUUAGGGAUUGAGUAUCUCGACUUGUACCUAAUCCAUUGGCCCCUUGCUUACAAGGAAGGCGGGCCGCUCUUCCCCGCCGACCCCCAAGGCAAAAUCCUCUUCAGCGACGUCGAUUACGUCGACACUUGGAAAGCGAUGGAGCAACUGGUCCACAAAGGCCUAACCAAAUCGAUCGGCAUUUCCAAUUUCAACAAACGCCAAAUUGAGCGAAUUUUGUCAGUCGCUACAAUUACCCCAGUCACUAAUCAGGUCGAGUGCCACCCUUAUCUCAAUCAAAGCAAAUUGAUUGAGUUCUGCAAAUCGAAAAACAUCACCGUGACCGGUUACAGCCCCUUGGGGUCGCCCGACAGACCGUGGGCGAAGCCCGACGAGCCCCAGUUACUGGAUGACCCCAAACUUAAGGAACUCGCGACGAAAUACAAAAAAACUCCAGCGCAAAUCGUGCUGAGAUACCAGGUGCAAAGAGGAGUCAUCACCAUCCCCAAGUCGGUCACAAAGUCGCGAAUUCAGGAGAAUUUCAAUAUUUUUGAUUUUGAACUGACCGCUGAUGAUGUUAAAUAUUUGAACACGUUUGACUGCAAUGGCCGGUUUUGCCCAAUGACUGCGGGGCUGGGGCACCCACACCACCCAUUCCAAAACGAUGAUUAUUAAUUGUGUUACACUUUAUUGAAGUUAAUAAAAAUAUUGCUAAAA